AUGCCAGCGGGCAUCGAUACUCCAGGAAAAGUACGCCCAAACGUCGAGGCAAUUCGAUCUUUAACAGUUGAUGCGUUGAAAGCAUUUAAGUCGCCUUUUCCUGUUACCGAUGCCAACCCAGGCAUGGAUGAAUCAUCAAUUACGAAGAGCCUGGAAAAUUUGCGAAGCUUAUGGGACGGCGGUCAGACGAAUUCCUAUUGGGCUUCAUUAUGGAUCGUGGUCAGCAAUAUCAUCGAUGGAAGCACGUAUUCAUCAUUCGCGGAAGCUGAGGAAGCACUGAAAGGAGUCAUGCAUUCCUAUGCCCGUCAACGCCCUGGGCGUAUAUUAUCAUACCGCCUCACUUCAUUCAUCAUUACGAAAAUAUCCAGGACACUCAGUUCUUGGAAGAAUGCACACAGCCUGACGAGUGUUCAGUUCUUCUACCUGCUCGCCUUCUUUUCGAAUAGGGUCAAGGAAAUCAAGACAGCGUGGCACGCCAUUGACGAUAAUGAAUGGUCUCGCUUAGUUAUUCUCAGCUGUAAAGACGCCGCAUUUUAUAUCGCUCGACACUCCAUCGCUUUUCAAUCAGACAUCACAUGCAUGGAUCGGUUGAUCUUGUAUCAUGUCGUCCCUGAGUCGGAGGAAAUUAUCGGACAUUUGAUUCCAAUGGUAACUCGCUUCAUGGAGCAGAUCGGUCUUAGGCAGGAGGAAUUACCGGCCGAAUACUUCGGCUUGGAUGUCGUUCCGGCACCGAUCUCAACGAAGGACCUAUUGCAGGCGUCUAGGCGCUUGAUCGGCAUGACUGAUCCGUACCAUAUCAGGGUCCUAUCGGCAUCGAUUUUCCGGUGGUUCAUUCGAGAACGGAUUUUGGCCGACCCCGAUCCGGUGGCGAUUCUCAGGCAAGCCCAAGUCAUGGUUCAAAAUCUUUGCAACAAACUUAACCACGAAGACGACUUACUGUCGCAAAGUGUUUGA